AUGUGCACCGCAAUGGAGACCGUUUACUCUGACAUGGACAGUUCGAGCUGCGACUACUUUACGCACGAUGACGAAGACUCGUGCAGCAUGCACGCUUCCUCCCCUUCAUCCUCCAUCGGCAAGCCCGCCUCCCCGGCCAGCGACAGCCAGGGCUCGUGCUCUACGGAUCUGGCACAGAAGAAGAGACGCAGAGGCAGAGCGAGGAACGAAGCCACCGUUCACGUGGUAAAGAAGAACCGGCGCGUAAAGGCAAAUGACCGCGAGAGGAACAGAAUGCACAGCCUGAAUGACGCUUUGGAGACCCUCCGGACCGUUCUACCGGCGUUCCCCGAUGACAGCAAACUCACCAAGAUCGAAACUCUGCGCUUCGCUCACAAUUACAUCUGGGCACUCUCCGAGACCAUACGCAUCGCGGAUAUUGAACAGCGCCAGAACAAGUCACGAGCUGAUGCGCCUCUCUUGCUUCCCAACUUGCGCGUGAUGGACGCCCCGAGUCCGGGCAGUGAUGCAUGCUCCUGGAGCUCCAGCGCGUCCUCCUCUUCCUCCUCUCCGUCUUAUUGCACUUCAAGCUCCAGCAGCCCAGCUGCACAGAAUGACUAUGGGUGUUUCCAGACUGAUGUUCGACAGUACAGCUACCACAACUUUGUACCAGGCAUGUCCUACUAACUGAACUAAAGCCUUUACCACAAACUUUUGUAGACUGCGAGAUUGUUACAAUAGAGUGAUAGCAGAGUAAUAACUGAGUGCCUACUUCAGUUAGUCUGUUGAAAGGGAAAAAACUGAAUGAUAUCACUGUUUGCCUUAACCCAUGUCUCUGUGGGUGUGUUUUAUACAGUUUGUUUUGUUUUCCUAUUUUUACAUGCUCUAAUUUACAUUCGGGUUGAACAUUAAUUUAAUUUAGUCGACUUUUCUAAGUUGCGUAUGAUUGUUUUGUUAGACGUUUAAUAUUCCUCAAAAACAUUUGCACUUUUUUUUUCCAGCGCAUACGAUUCCUACUAGAAGCCCACUUCACAGAUCUUGACCUUAACCUCUAUUAGACGAGUAUUAUCACUAAAAAGAAGAAGACAAGAUUUGCUUUUGUAGACUGAGGUGAAAAGUCAAUUUUACAAUUAGUAGAGCGAUAAUGCAGAAAAACGAGCGUGUAAAUUCAGUUUCACCGCUCUGACAAUAGAGUGAAAGGCCGUCAGAAGACAAGGACCUGGCUUCAUACAUUAUGGAGAUUGACCCCCUGAAAACUGCAAUCCUGUUCAAUAGAAAGCCUCAAUCCCACGAAGGGGCUACGUUUUUUAAAUUUGUA